UUUCGGAGGGGUCAGCACUUCUUCCUCACAGGGAGUAGAGUGUCUUUUCACAGAAAUGCGGCCCAGUUGUUUUCAGUUGCUGAUGCGCUCGGCGGUUGAAAAACAACCCCAGCUGUGGUGGAGAGUCAUCGAAAGAGCCAAGAGCUGGAGAGCACGCUGCGAGGACGGAGAAGAAAGGGGGAGAGAUGAGAGGAAAGCAAGACAGGGACAACUUCACAGAGGGAAUGAGAGGGAGAAACAUGAAGGAAGAUUAAAAAGAAGAAGAGAGGGCUCGGAUAUGAGGGAGAGCAGAUGUUUCCCUUACGAGAAGAGGUAUUGAGAGCUGAAUCCUGCUACUCUUCACUCUCAAUCAUGCAUUUGCUCUGAUAUAGGCCAGUGGAGCACACAGUAAAUUAUGUUUGUGUACAUUAGGGGAGCGGCAAUGUACAUAUUUCAUUUUUGUGUCAGAGCAUGAGGGUGUGUGGUGUGUAUUAACGAUACGAAGCUGUACGCAUGUUUUCAGAGUGAAGCAACAUUUGAGUGCGUAUGAUGAGGGCUCUCCUGCAGCUGUGCACCUAUGUGAUGUACUUUUAUGACCCUCUUUACUGCAGAGUGCAUUGACAUGCGUCAGACAAAGGGACGUUAAGAAAGGAAAUAUCCAAAAAAGACAUUGAUCUGAAAAUAUUCAUUAAAAAAUUCCAAAUAUUGAAAUAUAUAUAUUUAAACCUAUAGUGUUGCAGUACCCAAUUUAAAGGAAUAUUCUGGCAUAAAAUUAAGUCAGGGUCAAACACACCGUAACACUGAGUUAGACACCCUGUUGAGAGAUGAAAUGCUGCCGACUGCUUAUUUCUCUGGUUAUACCAACUCUAGUAACGACCACAGAUAGCAAUGCAGUGAGCCACGCCCUCAACCAAAACGUCACUCUAUAGCCACAAAUAAUGCUCAGAACAGCACCUAACUUCAUCAACAGUACAUAUAGGGUCCCAGCCAUAGUACUAGCCACCAAAUAUCUUUUUAGCUUUGCCUGAUUUCUUUAGCAAAGAGACCAAACACAACUCACCCUCUCUCUUUCAGCAGCCGCUUAUUUGUACUAAGACCUCAGGUCAAUCCAUUACGGACUGCUUUGGGGGAACACAGCUCAAGGAAGAACAUUUCUUGGACUUAUGUUUUGACAAAUACCCUGGUCCUUUCUGUAGUUUGGAGGAAGGGUUUCCCCAUGGGAGCUUUCACACCUCGUCUACUUUAGCUACAGUUUCAAGAUGACUUCAAAGUGGGCUUACGAGAACACAAAUCACAGUCAACACUUCUACAUGCACUGUUAAGUCCAGCUGCAGUCGUGGCUUGAUUAGGUGACAGUCAUCAAAUUAUUGACAGAAGUUAAAUAAUGAUAGGCUGUGGCAUCCCCCCAUUUUAGCUUGUUACAACUAAGUCGUCAUCUGAUUGAUUUAUUACAUGUCAAAACAAUCGACAAACAGAUAAGCCAAAAGCUAACGAGAAGUAUGUUGAACAACAGAAAAGCUCCGUAAUGUUUGUACAAUAGGAAAGUUUCAUCUAUUUCACCAUCUUUUGUCAUCUGUUGAGGUUUUGUUUUCUACCCAGCUUCCUAGCAACACAUCCAUGCUGUUCACAUUCAGGAUCAAACUACCGAUCAGACACAGCGCUGAAACUCCAAUCUCCUAAUGAUACUAUUAACGAUGGACUUGGACUUGAUACUUGACUAACACUCAACACUUCGAGAACACUGUGUCCAUGAAACACAACAAUUAAACCAGUGAACAAAAGCCUGGGACUGUUAGUGCGUGUUUACUUCCAAAUAUAAAAGAAGGAAAAACAAAGAAAAGAGCAAAAACAGAACAAGGCAAGGGUUCAUUAAAAGACAUGGAAAUUGGAUCAAUAGUCAAGGGAUAUAAUAUUGAAUCAAUAAGCUGAGAGCAAGAGAACACUUAAGUCUUUAUUUACAGUCUGGAGAAAAAGCAACAUGGCCUCCUCCCCCUCUUCCCUCUCUUCCUCCUCCUCCUCCUCCACCCCUUCCUCCUCCUCUGUGUACUUGUGUGAGUUAGAGUGUGUGGGAGUUCUGUACGUGCUUCCCCGAGUGCCUGACACAAGUAGGCCAACAGAGAGCGUUCUGCAGCGCUGGAAUGCGUGGCAUGGGUCCAGCCCAUUCCAGCCGAGCCAGCACUAAAUCCUACUAGAACUCGUCUGAAUUCAGGCGGAGGUGUUGCGGCACAUAUCUACCUCCAACACGCCCCAACAGCUGCUACCGGGGUGCAGAAGUUUGUGUGCGUGUCUGUCACAGCCUUCCAGUGACCAAUCUGGGUUCAACGCCUUUGGGUCUCAAUCUGUUCUGUCUGUCACACGGACUGUCACUAAAGAAGAGGACACAGCCAGUGUUACCAGUCAGAGGACUUUUAUUUUGAAGCUUUAAGUUGGGUAUACUGGCCUCCACUAUCUGGGUAUUUUGGGGCCAGAAACGACCACGAUUGAGCUGGAGUUAUGUUGUAUUUCACUUUCUUCUGAAGUUGGGUGAGGGGCCUGUAAAUAACACAUUAGCCUGUGUUGUUUGCUUUACAUUGUUGCAUAACUAAAACCAUUAUAUUAAAUGAAACUAUGAACACAAUACAGCUGUUUUGAAUAAGAAGACGAAAAUCCUUUCAAGUACGAGGGCGUAAUACUAACUAUUUAAGCUUCUAUGAUCACACUAUACGGUGUGACUCUUUUUUUGGAGUUGGCCCCAAGUGGCCUCUCCAUGAACUGCAGUUUUCGGCACUUCAUUGUCCGCCUCUUUUGUCAGCCUGGAUGCUAACCGGCUUGGUCUGGACUGCUCUUUUACUUGGUUGCAUGUCAAGGUUGGGAAAACAUUCAGUGUAAAGACACUUUUUGGAUAAAUUAUCUUGACUUUCUCUCUAUAUUUUACAAAACUAAUGAGCCUCUUUUCAUUCUUUUUAUCUAAUCCUCCCCUCAUGUGAAAUAAAUUCAAUAAAUGAAGUUAAGACAGGAUAUUGGACUCACCUCAUCAGUGCACACUGGUAAAAAAGAUUACAUGUCUGUAAUACUUUCUAUAAUAAAAAAUGACUAAUGUGAAAAUUCCCUUUCUUGUGGCUUCUCCUCAGUCUCCUCUAAUCACUUCCCCUCUUUGAUUUGCAGCCAGUGUCCUCCAACGGCUCCGUCUGUCUCCAGGUACUUCUAGAGAGCUCUACAACUCCGAGUUGGCUACACCUCAAAUGGUUUACGAUCACUGCUGACGGUCCAGAAUAGCAGGGGGGGAGAGGAUAAUAGACAGUAUACAGUAAAACAAAAUACGGCUGUUUCUGUCUGUAUCCCAUGACGCACUUUUUUUCUUCCCUCUAUUAAGCUUUUCUUCGUGUCAUAUAGAAAUGUAAGAGUUAUUACUUCUUCAAAGGCAAUUUCACACCCUCAGGCUGAAUAGGACUCCCACUACACUAAUAGAUUACCUUUUGCUCCUCUGGCUUUCAUAACUCAAUGUAUUUUUCCGAUAUCCAACAUUUAUUACUCUUUAUGAAAAGUCGAAACAUGGCCCUUGAGUAUAAUCUAUCCUUAUUCUAGGUUGCAUGUUUAUCAAGUACUGGUGAGUAAAAUUGAGCAGAUAACUAUUUGUAAUGGAUAGAUCUUUUUUUUUUACGAAUCACAUGAGGCUUUAAAAUUUAAUCAUGUAAAAAAAGUCUUAAAACACUUACCUCUAUCAUUCAAUCCAAUAAGACCAAGGGUACCUGCUUAUGUUGCUCCAAAAUCAUGGUUGUUUCAGGUGCAAAAACGAGAAGCUAGCCUAACUAUUACAAAACUGCAGCAUGGUGUCAUCAGCAAAAUGCUAAUAGCAGCUAAUUAAUGUGAAAUUCAAAUACUGUCCAAUCCAUAGUCUGUAUGUAGGACAGAGCCAACUUAUCCCAAUGGUGGCAUAACUGCAAUAUGAAGCCCGAGGUUGAUUUGAAGGGUGCGAGUACAGAAGCAGAAAAUUCUGAAGCUUUGAGCUCUUAGCUGCGUUUAACAACGAUCACAAAGAAAAGGCAAGGUCAGUAACUUAGCUAUGGUAUAUGUUAUCACAGGGUUUAUGACAUAAUAUGAUAGGAUAUGAUAUAAUAUGAUACGACGUGACGUGACGUGAUAUGAUGUAAUGUGAUAUGAUAUGAUGUGAUAUGAAAUGAUACAAUAUGAUACGAUACGAUAUGAUAUGAUGUUAUAUGAAAUGACGAUAUAUGGUAUGAUAAUGAUAUAUGAUGUAUUAUAUAAAAUGUAAUAUGAUAUUAUUUGAUAUGCUAGAUUACAUAUGUAUCCCUCAGUUAUGAUUAUAUCACAAUACAAUGAAAUUGUGAUUAAUGUUAUGCAAGACAGGUCGAUUAUGAUGCAUUGCAAUGUUUGAUAAAUCUAAGAUUCAAAAUGUGCAAACUAUCAUGUUGUUAUAAUAUUAGCUUACAUUGCACACAACAACAGGAGCUAAUGGCUCUUAAACAUAUCUUAGUCUGUUCUUAAAUGAAAACCUUAGUGUGGUAAACACAAACACCUGACCUCAGAUGUAAACAGACUGCAUUUAAAAGGGCAACUUGAUUGGCUUUAAGUGUCUUCUUUUUCAGUGCUCAACAUUGCAAAGUUUACUUAGCAUAUUAUGCGACUCCACCUGUGCUCAUAGAAUUAAGGUUAAUGCAUAACCUAAUUAAUAUAAUUCCAGCUUGUGUAUCUUUCAUGAGGAGGUGCUAUGUGGAUAAUGAGUAACAUAUUAGUCCCACAGGGAAAUUAGACUGCUACAGUUACUCAUUAAGCUGCUUGUCUUAUGUAGGUCACUGUUGUUUUUGUAUGUUAAAUGUUUAGCUGCAGCUUUAUCACCAAUAUUAGAUACGCACACCUACACAGAUUGAACCCAUUAAACUCGGUAAUGUUCGGAUCAACAGAUUA